UAUAAAAGAAUAAUAAAAUUUAUCAGAAUUAUUUUUAUUAUGCUAAAAACGUUGACGGUUGCAUUUUGACUUUAGUUUCUUGCUCACUGAAGUAGUGAAGUUGAAGAAAUCAGCAUAAAUGCAAACUUGAAACAGCCGGACAGAAGCCGCAAAAAUGUAUAAAUUGGGCUCCUGGGCUGAAGAUUUCGUAUCAAAAUUUUGAACCAUCAUUGGAAGACUUAACAUUCUCGAGUGAUUUGAAUACAGUCUUCUUUAGCUAACCUUUAAUAUAUGAAUGUGCAUAUUGUUUCACAGUUUUUUUUUUUCGACCGGACCGGGCCCCUGGCAGUACCAGCCACGUAGCUAGAUUUCUGUGUCUUUGAUGAAGUUAAAACAAUGCGAUAAUUAUUUUUACACCAAAACUUAAAAUUUAAAUGCUCUUGUUAGCUUGUUCUGUGCAGUUUUAGACCUCAUUUCUAUUUUCAAUAAUUAUAGAGUACAGAUUUUCUGCAAACAGGUUGUUCUCACAUCAAAUGAUCAAUCAAUUCAAUGCAUCUGUGUGUGCCGGUAGCUCUGAUUAUUCGCUUGAUCGUUAAGGCAAAAUGCAAUAAUUAUACUUAAUAAUGUAGAAAUUAAUGGUACGUAGUGACGACGCCAUGCGGUGACUGCAAAACAACCCUGUCAGGUGAACAAGAGUUAAAAAGUAUUGGGAACCUAGAGGGCCAGUAGAGGCUACAGUCUCUAGUCUAGAGACGCCAAUCAGUUCAAUGCGGCCGCUAAUUAUUAUCAGUACUCCGUAGAUGAAUAGGUAGUCUUAUCAACGAACAAACGAAAUCGAACUUAGUGUGUGUUACAGUGUUCAUAUCAUAUGACUGCUAAACGAACUCUGCAACGCCAGUGUCCUAAAGGCUAAAGUUUAUAUCAUUGCGAUUCGUCAGCAUAGAACAAACGUGGAUAAUUCUCGCAUUUUUCGAAAAUAUUCAAAAGUGUGAUUUGUGAAAUCGCAUAGCCUCAGAAUCAUGAAAAAGCGGUAUGAUACCAGCCUGAAUUUCCUACCGUUACUUGUCUUGAUUUUUCAUGCCAAUGCCGUUAAAACUGAUGGAAGUUCGGAGUUCAAGGUAAAGUUUUCUCCAAAUGAUUUAUCAUUUCCAGUUUCUCAAACGGAAACAAUUACCCUGCUCUUCUAUGGAUCAAAACAGAGUGAUACUAAUCUAACCUUCAGUUUUUCUGAAAGUGGUAUUCUUGAAGAAAUCCCCUCAAAGACCGUUCCUGCUGGCCUGAAUGAUAGCUUAUACAUUGUGUUGAAGCCAAGAAAUGUUGGUCACACUGUUGUAUUUAUUAACAGCACUGACAUGAUUGAUUUAUCCGAAGCUUAUGCUAGAGUGUCAAUAUCUCAUACGGACACUUUAGACUAUGUAAGUGAUGUUAUUGGAUGGCUCUACUUUGUUGCUUGGAGUAUCUCCUUCUACCCUCAAGUGAUAUUGAACUUCAAGAGAAGGAGUGUUAUUGGACUUCACUUUGAUUUUUUAGCAUUGAAUGUUGUGGGCUUUAUGUUCUACAGCAUUUUUAACAUCGCUCUCUUCUGGAGUCCUCUCAUCAAGGCACAAUAUUUUCAAAGACAUCCUUUUGGAGUCAAUCCUGUCCAGCUCAAUGAUGUCAUCUUUUCCAUUCAUGCAUUUUUUGCAUGUCUGGUUCAGGUGGUGCAAUGUCUGCUAUUUGACAGAGGAGACCAGAAAAUUUCUGCAGCAACUCGAGUGAUCCUUGUGACUAUUGUGGCUUUUUCUGUGUUUGCAGCCAUAUUCGUCUUUAUAUCCUCUGUUCAGUGGCUGGAUUUCCUGUAUUUUGUCUCUUAUGUGAAACUCUUCAUCACUCUCAUCAAAUACAUCCCACAGGCUUACUACAACUAUCGCCGGAAGAGCACCUCGGGCUGGAGUAUUGGCAACGUGUUGCUGGACUUCACAGGCGGCACGCUCUCCAUUGCCCAGAUGAUUAUCAUUGCAUACAACUACAAUGAUUGGACUUCCAUAUUUGGGGACCCCACCAAGUUUGGGUUAGGACUCUUCUCAAUGAUAUUUGAUGUGUUCUUUAUGGUGCAACAUUACAUAUUGUACCGCAACAGUCGCCAUGGGGUGACUCUGGUGAACUACCCUGAUCAAUCUCUGAGGGACUCAACUUCACCCCUAAUAACUGAUUCUGUGCAAAGCAGUUAUGGUGCUAUACAUUAGGUCCUGAUUUUUUGUGCCAAAUCAUAACCUGUUCUUAUAGUUUUUUUUAUGAAUUAGGUCGCAAAUAAUUUAGGUUUUAUUUAGCGUUGAUGCUGGACAAUCAGCUGUGUGUUGGUCGUAUAAAUAAGAUCAUCAUGAAAGAAUGAAUAUGAAUAUUUCACCUACCUUUUCUAUUGUCGGCUUUUAUAAGCCGCAUCUAAAAAUUGUUUUGUACGGGCGUGUAACAAUGUAUGUUGUAUGUCAUCAUGUUAGGUUAGGUCCUUGCUAAUUUUAACUAGUUCUAGGGCUAGAGUUUAUUUUUGUUUUAGAAGGGAGUCUGCACGGCAGUUUGUGAUUAUUGUCUAUUUAUUUUUGUUAAAUCAAUAAAUGUUGCUUGUAAAUUGGUACGGUAGUUUGUGAUCAUUGUGAAAUUUUGAUAUUUGCCUGUUCAUGUGGGUCAUCAUGUACGUGCAUUCAGACCUUUUAUGCGUGAUAUUUUAUGAUUGAGGCAUAGGUUUUUUUUCCAGUCAGUGGCUCUGGGCCUAUAAAAAUUUUUCAAAAACCAAUCAUAAAGAAUGAAUCUCAAACAAUACUACAUUUAGAAACAAUUUUUCUUCCUGAUUGUAGACUUUUAAGCAUUAUCUCUAUAAUUAGUGAUAUAUUAUUCUACAUGUCCAUUAUCUGCAACAGCUUCUAAUAACUUCUGGAGAGACGCUCCUGGCAUCUCAGAAAUUCUUGCUGAAUACUGUGCCAUAUUCGACAACGGAGACUUGAACGGACACUUAGGUAGUACCUACUGAAUUUUGAGAUUGAUAAUUUUUUGGAGGUCUCAAUGAUUUUUUUGCUCUUAGCAUAUCUUUUUGACGCUUUAUGUCUUCCUAUCUGUUAUCAAUGAACAAUAUUACCUAUCUCUGCAAUGAUAAGAGCUGAUUUUUCCUGGGCAGUGUAAUGAGAUGGUAGCUGUACUUAGGUUGACCCUUUGGCUCGUAACUUCACAUGUUUAAACGGUGCUUUGCUACUGUUGCAGAUGAAAUCUGUGUUAUCGUAUCAUAUCAGUGCAUUCAAACGUGUAUGUACACACAAAUAUUUAGAAUGAUCAAUCCGUUAACUUGUCAUGUAGUUCGUUGCUCCGUAUUUACUAUCAUUUUCAUUAAUGACUAGAUCCUCGAAGUAUUUUUCCCGCAAGUAGGACUAAUAUUUGUGUAAUAUUUAUAUGCUUCUGUAGUAUCUAUGUUUUAUAUGCUGACAUCAUUCCAAAGUACUCUUAUAAUUCAUCUAUAUUUUUAUAUAAUCGUAAUUUGUGCCUUACUCUAAUGUAUAACUGUUCGAUGUGAUGCUUAUUGACUUGUAAAUCGUUGACUUUUAAUUUCAUAUUUACAGAUUUUAUUGCGCGAGACGUUGCAACAAGAUUGCUUGCUGAAGUUUCUAAUCUUAUUGCAAAUAAAAUACGUACUGAAAAUAAUAUGGAAAUAUUUAAGAAAUUUCUACACGCUUAGUGCAUUCUAAGAUCAUUUUUUUCUAAUCAAAUGAAAAUAAUGGCAAUCAUGAUGACAUAUUAGU